UAAUAAGGGAAAAGCAGCCACCAUCGCGACCGGAUCUUUUAUUAAUCCCUCCUCGUCCGUCUUUUUCUCAAAGCUCUCGUCUCCUUCAUCAUCAUCUUCCACGCCUCCUCGUCUCUACACAUACUGUAAAUCUAGAAAUCUCCACGAAGCUCGGUUCUAUAAAUCUAUCUGGAUAAAUCAAACAGCUAAACAAUUUAAAAAAGUGCUCCUCGGAUUCUCGGAGAUCUACCUAUUCAGGUAGUUAAAGUAUUUUCACUUGAAGGAAGAGAUUGACAAUUAUAUGCAACAUGUCUGGGCCAGCAAAAGUAUUGGAUCCUGCAUUUCAAGGAGCCGGACAGAAACCAGGUACUGAAAUCUGGAGAAUCGAAAACUUUCAGCCAGUUCUAGUGCCCAAAUCUGAACAUGGGAAGUUCUAUAUGGGAGAUACUUACAUCGUCUUGCAGACAACACAGAAUAAGGCGGGUGCUUAUCUAUUUGAUAUACAUUUUUGGAUUGGUAAAGAUACAAGCCAGGAUGAAGCUGGAACAGCAGCUGUGAAGACGGUUGAACUUGAUGCAGGUCUUGGAGGCCGAGCUGUCCAACACCGUGAAAUUCAAGGUCAUGAAUCUGACAAGUUCUUGUCUUACUUCAAGCCUUGCAUUAUACCGCUAGAAGGUGGUGUUGCGUCUGGAUUUAAAAAACUUGAGGAGGAGGAGUUUGAAACCCGAUUGUAUACCUGCAAAGGGAAACGUGCUGUCCACCUGAAGCAGGUUCCUUUUGCUCGGUCAUCACUGAAUCAUGAUGAUGUGUUUAUCUUGGACACCAAGGAAAAGAUUUAUCAGUUUAAUGGUGCAAAUUCAAAUAUCCAAGAAAGAGCUAAAGCGUUGGCAGUCGUCCAAUAUUUGAAAGACAAGUUUCAUGAAGGAACAUGUGACGUUGCUAUCGUUGAUGAUGGAAAAUUAGAUACAGAAUCAGAUUCUGGCGAGUUCUGGGUCCUCUUUGGGGGUUUUGCUCCAAUCGCUAGGAAAGUUGCUAGUGAGGAUGACAUUAUUCCGGAGACAACUCCGCCUAAGCUUUAUAGUAUCGCUGAUGGUCAGGUGGAAUCUAUAGAUGGCAACUUAUCCAAAUCUAUGAUGGAAAACAAUAAAUGCUACCUUUUGGACUGCGGUUCUGAGGUAUUUAUCUGGGUUGGCCGAGUAACUCAAGUUGAAGAGAGAAAAACUGCUAUCCAAGCUGCUGAGGACUUUGUUGCUAGUGAAAAUAGGCCAAAGGCAACACGCAUAACCCGUGUUAUCCAAGGUUAUGAGCCCCAUUCCUUCAAGUCUAACUUUGACUCUUGGCCAUCAGGCUCGGCAACUCCUGCUAACGAAGAAGGACGAGGAAAAGUUGCUGCAUUACUUAAACAACAAGGUGUUGGGUUAAAGGGCCUGUCAAAAAGCACACCAGUGAAUGAGGAUAUUCCACCGCUGCUUGAAGGAGGUGGAAAGUUAGAGGUUUGGUACAUCGAUGGUAAGGCCAAGACUCCUGUAUCCAAAGAUGAUGUCGGAAAACUCUAUUCUGGGGACUGCUAUUUAGUCCUUUAUGCCUACCAUUCUGGUGAAAGGAAAGAAGACUACUUCUUGUGCUGCUGGUUUGGAAAGAAUAGCAUUCAGGAGGAUCAAGAGACGGCAGUCCGUCUGGCUAGCACAAUGACAAAUUCGUUGAAGGGAAGACCAGUGCAGGCCCGUAUAUUCGAGGGUAAAGAGCCUCCACAAUUUGUCGCGCUUUUUGAACACAUGGUGGUCCUUAAGGGUGGUUUGAGCUCUGGUUACAAAAACUGUAUGACAGAGAAAGGUUCACCAGACGAAACCUACACGCGGGAAUCGAUUGCACUUAUUCAAGUGUCUGGAACUGGAGUUCACAAUAACAAGGCAUUACAAAUUGAACCGGUGGCAACUUCUUUGAACUCUUACGAUUGCUUCCUUCUACAAUCUGGUACUUCCAUGUUCCUAUGGCAUGGAAACCAAAGUACGCAUGAGCAGCAAGAACUGGCUGCUAAAGUUGCUGAAUUCUUAAAGCCUGGGGUUACUAUCAAGCACGCUAAGGAAGGAACGGAAAGCUCAUCCUUUUGGUUUGCACUUGGGGGAAAACAGAACUUCACCAGCAAGAAGGUUUCCCCUGAGACUGUCAGAGAUCCUCACUUGUUCUCCUUUUCAUUCAACAGAGGAAAAUUUCAGGUUGAAGAGAUUCACAACUUUGAUCAGGAUGACCUCUUGACGGAGGAUAUGCAUUUACUAGAUACUCACGCUGAAGUUUUUGUGUGGGUUGGUCAAUGUGUGGACCCCAAGGAAAAGCAAACUGCAUUUGAGAUUGGCCAAAGAUACAUAGAUCUGGCUGGUUCCAUGGAAGGCUUGUCUCCAAAAGUUCCAUUAUACAAAAUCACUGAAGGGAAUGAACCGUGCUUCUUCACCACAUAUUUCUCGUGGGAUGCUACUAAAGCCACUGUGCAAGGAAAUUCCUUCCAGAAGAAGGCAGCAUCAUUACUUGGUACACACCACGUUGUGCAGGACCAGUCUAGCAGUGGAAACCAAGGACCAAGACAAAGGGCUGCUGCUCUAGCUGCCUUGACUUCCGCAUUUAAUUCUCCUUCUGGAGGGACAAGCUCUCCGAACCGGGACAGGCCAAAUGGAAAUCAAGGUGGUCCAAGACAAAGGGCUGAAGCCUUAGCCGCAUUAUCAUCCGCGUUCAACUCUUCACCAUCAUCAAAUUCACCUCCACAAAGACCAGGAUUGACAAGCCGAUCGUCACAAAGAGCAGCAGCACUGGCUGCUCUCUCGCAAGUUCUCACUAAUGAGAAGAAGAAAUCUCCUGAUACUAGCCCUUCCGCUGAAGCUAAAGAUGAGAAAGCCUUCUCUGAAGUGGAUGCUUCAGAAGAAUCUGCUGAAGCCAAGGAAGAAGAGGAAGUUUCACCUGCAGCAGACGCGAUUGCUGAGGAAGCAGGAACAACUGGUGCAACUUUCACGUACCAACAGCUACAAGCCAAAUCCGAGAAACCAGUGAAAGGAAUUGACUUCAAACGCAGAGAGGCUUACUUGUCUGAGGAAGAGUUCAAGACUGUAUUUGGGAUGGAGAAAGAAGCAUUCUACAAAUUGCCUAGGUGGAAGCAAGAUUUGCUAAAGAAGAAAUUCAACUUGUUCUAAGACUUUAUCCAGAUAAAUUAAGAACAAAGGCACGAUUUGUUGGUUAUGUGUUGACCUUAAUGCUGCAGCUUUGAAGACAAUGAUCAGUUUGUUUUUUUUUCUUUCUUUUUCUUAUUGUUUUGGUUUCCUUUUGCGUAUCCUCGUAUUGUUUUGGUUUCAGGUAAAAGAAAAUUGCUCUUCAUGGGUAGCUUUGGGUUCUUGGGUUUUGCUUCUUAUUCUCAUCACUGUGAUGUGUUAUUGUAUUCAUUGAUUGGUGGUGUUUUGCAUUUUUGUGGGUCAGGACAGUUGUGUGAUGAUGUUAGUAAAUUCUUUGAUUUGAAUUAUUUAUUAAAGAACAAGUGUCUA